AUGAAGGACAAAGACGAGAUCGUCAUCCAGGCCAUUCCAACAGCCUCGCUGCAGGAAGCCGAAACCUCGCAGGAGUUCCUCGCGGCGGAGCAUGCGCUGACCUUCUGGCCCGCUCUGCGACAGCACUGGCCAACCGUGGCGUGGGCAUUAUUCAUGAAUCUGGUACGCUCAGCCUCGAUGAUUCCGGAUGGCGGCGUGGUCAAAGGCCUAGUCGGACUGGACGUCUUCAAGCGGAACUACGGCUACGAGCACGAGGGCCGCUACAUUCUGGCCGCGCGCUGGCUGUCGGCCUUCAACUACGCCAACCUGCUGGGGGCCAUCGUGGGGGCGCUGUUCGCCGGCCUGGCCUACGACCGCUUCGGGCCGCGCCUCGUGCUCACGGGCUGCUCAUGCCUGUCGAUCGGCGUCAUCUUCGUGCAGUUCUUCAGCCAGACGCCCGCGCAGCUGUUCGCGGGCGAGCUGGUCAACGGCUGCGUCAUCGCCUUCUACCCCAUCUGCGCCUCCGCGUACGUCGGCGAGGUGACCCCGCUGCCGCUGCGCGGGUUCGCCGCGACCAUGACCAACCUCGCCUUCUCCAUCGGCUCGCUGAUCGCCUCGGGCAUCCUGAAGGGGACGGCCGCCCUCGCCAGCGACUGGUCCUACCGCAUCCCCAUCGCCACGCAAUGGGCCCUGCCGGGCAUCAUGCUGGCCCUGGUCCCCUUCUGCCCGGACCCCCCCUACUGGCUGUGCCGGAAGGGCCGCCCCGAGGCCGCCGCCGCGUCGCUGCGCCGCCUCACCGUGCGCGGGGGCGCCGUCGGGCCCCGCCUCGCCCACAUCCAGGAGACCCUGCGCCUGGAGGCCAGCUUCCAGCCCACGACCACCCGCCGUCUGGAGUGCCUGCGCGGCGCCAACCGCCGCCGCCUCCUGAUCUGCGUCAUGGCCUACAGCAUGCAAGCCUUCACGGGCAACGUCUUCUUCAUCAACUACGCGGUGCACUUCAUGGAGACCGCCGGGCUGAACGCGUCGCACGCCUUCUCGAUGAACCUCGGGCUGAGCGCGCUCGGCCUGCUGGGCACGGUGCUCUCGUGGCCCCUCUUGUCCUACGUCGGCCGCCGCACGAUGUAUCUGACGGGCUGCUCGGCGCUGGCGCUGACGCAGCUGCUGAUCGGCGUGCUGGACGUCGUCCCCCGCAGCACCGGCACGGUCUGGGCGCAGUGCGCGCUCAUGCUGGCCUGCACGCUCGUGUACGACGUCAGCCUGGGCCCCUUCUGCUAUGUGCUGCUGGCCGAGGUCUCGUCGAUGCGGCUGCGCGGCGUCACCAUCGGCCUGGCCACCGUCAGCUGCUUCGUGUGGUCGGUCGUCUUCGCCGUCGCCAUCCCCUACGCCAUGGACGCCGACGAGGCCGACUGGCGCGGCAAGCUGGGGUUCCUGUUCGCGGGCACCAGUCUCGUCUGCGCCGCCAUGUGUUUCUGGUGGCUGCCCGAGACGCAGGGGCGCACCUUCGAGGAGCUGGACGCGAUGUUUGAGCAGGGGGUGCGCAGUCGACGGUUUCGGCGGUGCGUGGUGGUCAUUGGGGAGGAGGGGAGGGGAAGAGUGGUGGUGGCGAUGCGGGAGGAGGGCGUGGUGGGGAGCGUCGAGGGGAGCGUCGAGGGGGGCGUCGAGGGGAGCACCGAGGCAGUAGGCGUUGGGAGAUGUGUUGAGGAUGGGCAGUUGCAGUGCACGGAAAAGAACAACAGAGAAGCAUUCCAGGUCGGUGCAAGAGCCUAAAGAGGGAAAAGCCGAGGCAGUGCAGAAAAACAGGCGAGGCGAGGCGAUUAAUAAUCUAGUCCCGUUUCGGGAAAGGCUGCAGAAGGCGAAAAUUUGAGUGCUGACGGCUGACUCAGCCGCCCCUUGUGCAGAGAUGCAGAAAUGCAAAAUGCAGCCUGGAGGACUGCACCGUCUCGAGUCAUGAACCAUCCCGGAAACUCAAUAUACUUUGCGUUGCCCCAUUUCUGCUCUGCGUCACCCUGCUCAGUAAUCAUGACUUCAUGGCUCGCGCCCACCGUUUCCUCUGGUGGCGGCAGAACUGCCGCAUUGCCUCGACCUUUGAAUCCGCGCAGCCACUGCACUGCAUAACUCCCGGUCAUCCACCCUUCGCGACCACCGACCUGCCCCAUCCGGCCCGGUAUCGACACCCUGAAGAAGCAGCUGCCCCGAAUUUCCUCCGUCUGGAAACUCUGCCAGCUCCACUCGCCCGCCGUGCCGUGG